CUUUCCGCUGUGCUUCCUUCCGGUCCGACCCUUUUCUCCCUCCGGUGCCUCCUCUGUCUGCGGCUGCACGUGUGGAUUUUAUUCCGGUUUUCAUCUUUAACUUUCACCGUGAGAGAACCUGGGUCCAGAUGUCGUCGUCUUUCGAGCAGAUGCGGACCAACGUGGGGGAGCUCCUCCGGGGCAUCGACCGGUACAACCCAGAGAACCUGGCGACGCUGGAACGUUACGUGGAGACGCAAGCGAAGGAAAACGCCUACGACCUGGAGGCCAACCUGGCCGUCCUGAAGCUGUACCAGUUUAACCCCGCCUACUUCCAGGUGGCGGUGACGUCCCAGAUUCUGCUGAAGGCGCUGACCAACCUGCCACACACCGACUUCACCCUGUGCAAGUGCAUGAUCGACCAGACACACCAGCAAGAGGAACGUCCCAUCAGACAGAUCCUGUACCUGGGGAACCUGCUGGAGACGUGUCACUUCCAGAGCUUCUGGACGAGUCUGGAGGAGAACAGCGAGCUCAUCGACGGCAUCACUGGAUUUGAGAAUUCCGUUCGCAAGUUCAUCUGUCAUGUAGUGGGCAUCACCUACCAGACCAUCGAGCACCGGUUACUGGCUGAGAUGUUGGGAGAUCCGCUGGACACGCAGGUGAAGGUGUGGAUGAAUAAAUACGGCUGGACGGAGAACGAGGACGGUCAGAUCUUCAUCUUCAACCAGGAGGAGAGCGUCAAGCCCAAGAACAUCGUGGAGAAGAUCGACUUUGAGAGUGUAUCCAGCAUCAUGGCCACAUCUCAGUGAUGCACGUGCACACACACACACACACACACACACUUCAGUCGAGGCAGAAGAUUCAAAGAUUCAUCCGCAUCAUUUGUUUUCAUAAUCAAACUUUUCUCAAUAAAAGUAAUUUAUCCUUUCCA